CUUCAGUUUUGACACAGCUCUCUCCCUUGCAGCUGGGCCUGGCCAUCUUAGAAAAAUCUCGAUAAGUCUGAAGCUUGAAAGGAGCAUAUUCACUAUAUAUUCACCCAAGCACAUCUCCCCUGCUCUCCAGGUAGCAGGAAACGCAGACGGCCAUGGCCGAACCAAUCGCUGCCGCCGAAGAGCAAGUUUCUCUCCCAACUGCCGAACUGGUCAAAGUCUCUGAUCACAUCUCACUGUUGUCGCCGCUGUCUCGCAAGGGCCAUGGGCCAGGACUGAUCCUCGUGUUGCCGGCGGGCGCGCCACGCUACAGGGACGGCGGUGUCGUGUGCGAGGAUGGCAUCCCGCCUCCUCUGCUAAAGUGGGCGGAAGAAGGGUUUGCAGUGGCGGAGAUUCGAGGCGAAGAGUUGACUCAGGGCUCAUCCACGGCGACGACGCAGAUUCUCACAAAGGCUCUCGCUGCACUGGAGGCGUGUGAAAAGUGCGAUUUCAACGAUGGAGUCGGAAUGGUUGUCUACGACACUGCCCUCUGGAAUGAAUUUGGCCACAGUGCAGCCAUUGGACCUAAGAUUGCGGCGGCGGUCAUCUAUGGCACCGCUGGGGACCUAAUCACACCGCUCGCGAUACCUAGGCUCUGUCAUUUCGCGGGACACGAAAAGGCAGACUCGCACCCCGGUGCCAAAAUCUACACCUACCCUUCGGUCAAGUCUUCCAAGUUCGUGGUACCAGGUCAACCGGAAUUCGACAGCACCAACGAAGCCGUCUCGCAUACCCGGAACCUCACUUUUCUGAAAAAGUACGUCCGUGGCUUGGAUUUCGACCUCGAGGCAAUCUGGGAGGAGCAUACCUACUUUGAAUUUGCAGAGCGCUCUGUGCCCAAAACCAUGGCGACCAUGGUGCAAGAGCCCUACGUUAAUCACAUUACCACGAUGACUGGCGGCAUCGGCAGAACGAGCUUGACAAACUUUUACCGCAACAAUUUCAUCCCCAAAAACCCAAAGGACAUGGAGCUCCUGCUUGUGAGUCGAACGAUUGGGAUUGAUCGCGUCUGUGACGAGUUUGUUGCCAAGUUUACGCACGAUAUGGAAAUCGACUGGCUAGCUCCCGGCAUCCCUCCAACAGGACGAAAAGUUGAACUUCCCUGCACAUCCGUUGUCUGCGUCCGGGGCGAUCGUCUGUAUCAUGAGCAUAUCGCCUGGGACCAAGCCUCGCUCUUGAUCCAGUUGGGCCUCAUGCCAGAAUAUCUCCCAUAUCCCUACCCGCUCCCGGACGGUUCGAAGCCGGGACCAGGCAAAAAGUUCGAGUACCGAGUACCUGCGGCUGGUGUCGAAACUUCCAUGAAAAUGCUCGACAAGAACAGAAUACCGUCCAAUGGAAUGUUCGAAUACAAGGUUCGAGAGGUGGAUGCUUGAACGUGGUUCCGCCAACCCGCAUUUCAGGCGAUGCAUUUUUGGUUACCUCGUCAUGCCAUGAUGGAUAUGUAUAAUGCAACAGCGCCAGACUUAUGAUGGUAUCAUGAACAAAAC